CUUCCAUACUUACUCUCUCAGUUCCUUAUAUGACUUGAUAGAAUCCCCAUUUUUGCAAUCUGGUCCUCCGGCUUUUCCCAAUUCCCAAAUUCUCUCCUCCUUGCCACCCUCUGUCCAUAAUCCCUGCCUCCCUAUUCCCCUAUGCCACUUUUCUAAUUUUCAAUCUUUUGUAUCUUUAUUCUCUUAUCUUCCUCAAAAUUUGUAAUUCUGAUUAUUAUUCAGCCUAAGGUUGAAAAAAUCGGUGUUAUUUUUAUAUUUUUUUUGAGGGGGUGCUCCUGAGAUGAAGAUCGAAGAAUUAGAGGACGCAGAUUCCGAUCAUCACAAUGGUGGCGUUCUCUCGAAGCAGCACAUAGUGAGGGUGGACGCUAAGAGGGCACUAGUUGGGGCGGGUGCUCGGAUCCUCUUUUACCCAACCCUUUUGUAUAACGUCUUCAGGAACAAGAUCCAAGCUGAGUUCAGAUGGUGGGAUGAAGUUGAUCAGUAUCUUCUACUUGGCGCGGUCCCAUUUCCCAAGGAUGUUCCACGGUUGAAGCAGCUUGGGGUCGGUGGUGUAAUCACUCUCAAUGAGGCUUAUGAAACUUUGGUUCCAUCAUCUUUAUAUUACGCUCAUGGUAUUGAUCAUCUAGUAAUACCAACAAGAGACUAUCUAUUUGCUCCUUCAUUUAAAGAUAUCAACCAAGCUGUGGAUUUCAUCUACAAGAAUGCUUCAUGCGGUGUAACUACUUAUGUUCACUGUAAAGCUGGUCGAGGAAGGAGCACAACCAUUGUGCUUUGCUAUUUGAUAAAGUAUAAGCACAUGACUCCUGUUGCUGCCUUGGAGCAUGUGCGGUCUAGAAGACCUCGUGUGUUGCUAGCUCCCUCACAAUGGAAGGCAGUUCAGGAAUACAGCAGGUGCUGUCCGGCCACCAGUGUGUGCUCUCCCUCAAGAGAUGCUGUUCUGAUAACAAAAGCCGAUCUUGAAGGGUAUUAUGGUGCUUGUGAUUACAAUCCUGGUAAGGAACUUGUGAUUGCAUCUGGAGUGAUGAAAACAAUGCCCAUGAUAGCUAGGCUCUCCUGCCUCUUUGCAUCCUUAAAAGUUUCUGGUGUCUGUGCACCUGCUACGAGACAGCUGCCUGAGGCCCGUGCAUGCUAAGCCCCCCCCGCGGCAACAUGACACAAGGUUGUUGAUGAUUAUACAGAAAAAGCAUUGUUGAAGUAAUUAGAGAGGUAUAAUAAAUAUUCCAUAUUACAGUAAAUUAAAUUUAAGUUGGUGAGAGGAAAAGAUGGAAGAAAAUCGGAUAAAAGAAAAGUUUGGAAGAGCACUUUAAUGUUGUUGUGAAAAAGGGUAUUCGUGAUGCACGAUCCAUGCAUUUCUGCUUUUAUAGAGAUCCUUGCAUUUUAUAUUUCUGUAUCAUCUUGUCCUAAUAAUUUCAACUAGGACAUGCUUCUUCUUUAAUUACAUUGGUUGGUCAUUCUACUAGCA